AUGUCAUCAUCAUCAUUAUUAUUAUCGAAUCUUCGUAUUCUUGCUCAUCCUCAUUACUCAUUUAAUAUAUUUCUAUCUGUUUUUUAUCUUGUAUUAAAACAAUUUAUACCAAAAUCUUUAUGUUCAUAUGUAUUUGUAAAUGAUACAAUAACAACACAAGAUACACAAACUACAGAUUUAUCAUCAAGUAUUCACACUAUACCACCUCUUCAUGGUAAAUACUGGCUAACACACAUAUGUAGUGGUUUGGAAUUUUAUGGUUUUCUUGCAUCUCGUGAACGUGAAUUCGAAACUGUAUGCAAAGAUCUUCACUCUUAUUAUGAUAAUUAUGUUCAUGCUCAAUCAUUAAGUGUAAAUGCUAUUUCCGAAGGUAUGAUGUGUAUUAUUCGACAAUAUGAUCAUUAUUAUCGUGUUAUAAUAAAACAUCAUGAAAGUGAAUCAAAAGUAUUAGUCAAACUUAUCGAUCGUGGUGAUGAAACUGUUGUUCAUACAUCAGAAUUAUUACAAAUUAAUAAUAAAUUUUCUAAAAUACCGGCAUUUGUUCAACCAUUUCGUUUACAAGGUUAUGAUGAAUCACAAAAUACAACUAGUGUAACUCAUACUUUGAAAAAGUUAGCAUUUAAUCAAUGGGUUGACAUUACUCUACAAGAACGAAUGAUUAAUGGAUUUUAUCCUGUUCAUAUUAUGUUGCCUAAAAAAGGAUCAAUCAAUCAAAUGAUUCUUCAACGAUAA